AUGCAGAGCGAUCAUCCGGCCCGGGAGCCUGCGUUCGUACAGCCCGGCGACGAAUGGAAGCUCGAGCAGGGCCUCACUGCCGCGUCGCUGCCGCUGCUGGACCUCUCCAUCCAGGACGAGUCGGAGAGCGAGGCGGAGAGCGCAGGCGCUGCUGCGAAGGCGGAUGAUAUCGCCAAGUUCGACGAGGAUCCUGAGGUGGUGUUUGCCGAGGAGAAGGAGGGGUGGCGUGGGUAUAUCGAGUGGGAAGACUAUCCCGCGAAGAAGGCCAAGGCGCACAGCAUUCUGAUCUCGCAGACGUUCCCGCCGCCGCCGGAGUUUCAGCUGGAAGUUAUCCCGAGCACGAACCCGCAUGCUGACACACUACCCGUCUCAACAGGCAUCCGCUGGAAGCUCUGGCACCGCGCGAUCGGCGGGCCCCUGAAGAACGUGCCCGAAGAAUCCUGGGAGACGGUCCUUAAAGAAAAACACCCGCAGAUGCUGCACUUACUGCAGUUCCCCUACAACGGCGAGCCGCCCAAGAGGCUCGUCACGGAGAAACCCGUAACGCCGAACCCUUUGCACUUUGUGCGCAACCACGGCGGCAUCCCCAUCAUUGACGCGGAGCGCUGGAGCCUGCAGUUGGAUGGCCUGGUCAAGGAGCCGCAGGAGCUGACGCUCAGGGAUCUCAUGGAUGAGGCGAGGUUCCCGCGCAUGGAGAGGCUGGUGACGAUUCAGUGCUCGGGCACCAGGAGGAUCGAGCAGAUUGGCUUGUAUGCGGGGGAGGGGGAUGAGAUGAUCAAUGCGCCGUGGGCGGAGGGGGCGAUUGGGACGGCCAAGUAUGUGGGUGUGAGUUUGAAGAAGGUGAUCAAGGCGUGUGGCGGGUUGGUGGACGGGGGCAAGCAUCUGGAGCUGGUGGGGGCGGAGACGUAUUUUAAGCAGAACCAGGUCAUGAACUAUGCGGUGAGCGUGCCGUGGGGGAAGGUCAAGGUGGAUGAGGUCAUGUUGGCCUGGGAGAUGAAUGGGGAGGUGUUGCCGAGCAUUCAUGGCGCGCCUGUCAGGGCCGUGGUCAUGGGAUAUAUCGGGGCGAGGAGCGUCAAGUGGCUGUACCGCAUCCGAGCCCUCAAGGAACCCACCAGCGCGCCCGUGCAGAGCAGGGAAUACCUGUACUUCAACCAGCAGGUCGGCAAGCACAACCAGCGCUGGACAGACGGCAUCCAGAUCCAGGAGAUGCCCGUCAGCUCGGCCAUCAUGAGCCCGAUGAACAAGCAGGUGGUUGUGCAUUCGGGCGCGGUCAAAGUCAACGGCUGGGCGUACAGCGGCGGCGGGCGCUGGCCGGAGCGCGUCGAGGUCAGCCGUGACGGCGGCUUUAGCUGGUACGCGGUGCCGCCGCAAAACCUGUCUGAAAAGCACAAGUUUGCGUGGCGCACGUGGUGGCUAGAUUUGCCGGUUGAUGUCGAGGGCUGGUUGGAGAUUGUGGUGAGAUGCUGGGAUAAUUCGCUCAAUACACAGCCGACCGAGGUGCGAAAUACAUGGAACUGGGGCCUCCACGUGACGAGCUCGGCGCAUCGAGUCAAGAUCUAUAGUGUGAACAAGACGAGGGAGCUGACGAAACAACGGCUCAAAGAGUUUGCGAAGCGAGGCGAGAGUCUGGUGCCCAUCACGCGGCCGACCGAGUUCCCGUACCAGACCUGGGAGAGCUAUGAGGAGCAUUUCCAGAAGUUUGGUCCCAGGGAUGUGGACGUGUGA